AUGCGACAACGUGGAAGUGGAAAAAUCGAUGCUCGACAAUCACACCAUCUUUGCUUUGCUGAUGACAUCGUCCUUACAACACCAAACAUUAGCCAAGCGGAACGAAUGCUUGCCGAUUUUGAUAAAGCCUGUGGAAAUAUUGAUCUUCGACUAAAUCUCACAAAAGCGAUGUUCAUGAAGAACGGAUUGGUCUCCCAUGCCCCAUUAACGCUCAAUGGGUCGAAUAUCUCCGAAGGCUCCAGUUGUAUCUGUUUAGGUCUGGACAUUAAUAUGAUGAACGACUUAAUUCCAGAGCUGAGCAGAAGGAAACGAGCAGAUUGA